AUGAGCAAUCAAGAUAUAUUGAUAUGCGGCAACUGCAGGGAACUCUUCUCCGAACUCCAGGAACUCCUCGAACACAAAAAAACUUACUGUAAAUUGCGUUUCACCUGCAAAUGCGAUUCAAAUAAAUCCAAAUCGCCAGAUGAUGCAAACACUUCAGCAUCUCUGUUAUGUGUUCAAUGUAAAGACGCUUUCCAAAACGCAUGGGAUCUUAUGGUACACGCACAAGCUGCCCAUAUGUUGAAUAUAUACGAAUUAGGAGUACCUUCACUCGGCAACUGUUCUCUCCCAUCACGUUCUCCUAGAGAUAACAAUACGCCAGAUAAGUUAGAGAAAAAACUGCAGCUUAUACCAACUACAAACAAUUCUUCCAAUUCUGAUAAACCUAUUAAAUUAGAACAAAUAGAAAGGGCAACAGAAAAAGACAAUCUUAAUGAAUUCGUUGUAAAAGGCCAACCAGAUCAAAAUUCCGAAUUAAAACCUACCGCCCAAAAAACCAUUGAGUUUCCAAAACCAAAUGACAGUAUUGUUCAAAAUGGUAACCUAGAAAAUGGUAAAAGUGAGUGUGAACGAAGAUUCGAGGAUCUUGACACCAAGUGGAAAACAGUUGGUAAGAGCCAUCGCCAAAAAAUUCAAGAAAUAAAAGAAGAGUUUAAAUCGCAGGUUUUUCGAAUAAAAGAAAAAGAAAAAGUCUCGUCCAUAAGAAAACAAAAAAUUCAGCUAAUAAGAGAUAAGUAUACUCAAAAGUUACGAAAAGAUAGAGAAAAGUAUUUUUUGCAGUUACGGAAAAUCAAAGAUGAAAGACAGAGAACUUUAAAUGAAGUAUGUAGGAAGAAGCCAGAUGGAAUCCAAGAAUAUGAAACUGCAUUGAGGAAGAAUGAAUAUUUAAGACAAUCUCCAAAACUUCCUAAAAAUCUUCAAAGGUUGGUAAAAUCAGAAUUUCUUGGCAAUGACACAGACAACUGUUUAGAUGUAUAUUACAUGCAGCAAUUUAAAGAAAAUUGUGAUUUCUGGAAAAAUAAGACUACUCUUAACCAAAUACGGAAGUCCCCCUUAUAUUUAGAAAACAAAAUAGAAUUAUCUAAGGAAAGUAUGGAAAAUGAUUUUACUUGUUUUAGUAAAAAUGUUGAACCUAGCAAAAUAUCAAACAUUGUUAACUAUAAAUCUAUUAUACCCCAUCUGGAUAUUCCUCCUAAACCUAAAAAGGUUUAUAAAAGUAAAUUAGCUACAAAAGAUCGAAAAAAAUCUAAUAAACUAGAAUUAUUUAAAACUGAACUGUCCAAUCUCACAAUCAGUUUGCGUAAUCAAAAUUCAGUUAAUCACAGCAAAGAUUUCUUACCAAUCGUAAACAAAAGUAUCGAUAAAAUGACCGAAAAUGAAACCUCUACAUCUAUAUUGAUAAAAUUUGAAGAUAAUUCUGAAAAAUCCAAAACUGAUAAAGCCUCCCACUUGUUCAAAAACGUAGAAAAAAGUGAUAAUGAAAAUAAUGCAAAGAUUAUGUUAUAUAAACCUGAAUUUAGUCCACUAUUUAGCACAAAAGGAAAAAAUAAGGAAAAAGAAAAUGCCUCUGGAAUAUCUAUAAAAAGCAGAGAGAGUAAUUAUGUAAGUAGUACGCAAAACAGUCAGUCAGUAAUAGGAAAACCAAAUAUCAACAAGGAUCAACGUUUUCUCAAAUUAGAGGAUAGAAAGACUUCAUUUUCAAAAUUAACGGACAAAACAACUGCAUGGCGUGAUAAAAUGUCUACAGAAAACUUAUUGCCAAUUAAUAAUGCUAACAUAUUUAAAGAAAGUACUGACACAAAGUUCGAAGAAAAAUCACAAAUUAAAAAAAUCCCUUUAAGAAAAAUAUUAAGGUCUAAAAAAAACGAAGUUGUGAGUAAACCCUUCCAAAGCAAAUCUGAAAAUUUUUCACCAGAUGAUCCAAUUCACUUGAACCAAGACCAAAAUGAGUUGGAAGAAGACAGUACCACAAAAUCAAAUCCUCACACAUCCGAAUUAUCAUUACCAAGACCCAACACAUUUUAUGAACCCAAAAGAACUGAAAGUGAAUUGGAAUUAACAGUGGAAAAUGAUCUUAGAUGGUUAAUACAGGAAGUGCCAGAUAAAAGGGAUCUUUACCGCAUAUUGUUCGGCAAGAAAGGCAUGAUGGUGAAAAAGAAGGAAGAGUCAAUGCUGGAAAAACAGUACACAAAGAGCCAAGGAUUGCCUUUAUUGUUAAGUAAGAACGAUCCGAAGGUACCUAAGAAAGUCAAUGUUUUUAAAGGAAAAUUGUAA